AUGGGCUCGUUUCUCUCGACUCCGGCUUUUGAGGUGCGCCGUAAGCGUUUACUCCCCUUGUUCCGCGCCAAUCAUUCUCACUUUUCUCCUUUGGACUCGAAAGGUCUUGCCAAUCCAGUUCCAUGGCUUCUUGCCGGAUUACUCUACGGGCCGUGCGAUCCUCAGGCCUUUUUCCAGCUUUACGACACCAUGUCCCCCCAUCUGCCCCCACAAUCCCACAAGGGCCUCCACACGAACGAGCUGACGCGUGAGUCGUGUCAGAACGCGCUCGGUAAUCCUGACCUGGUUGAUGAAUUCGUGCUCUUCUUUGAAGAUCGUCUUGUUCAGGACGCGUUGUUUAAUACGUCAGAGCUCGUAAAACGCGAAUUGAAGGAAAUGCCCAUGCUUCUCGACGGACUCUGUGCUGACGGUGGUGCAGCUUUAGCAUGCAUUGCAGUGGGACUCGAACUCGAGGUUCAGGAGUGCGUUGUUGAUGGAUUGGCUAUGGCUGCAGCUACUCCGAGGAAGCCCCCUCCGAGCAUCUCCGAAUCUGUUAGCGUUUCCGGUGACGUUUCGGGGACUAAUCCGGUGUCUUCUUCUGAGCAAGAACAAGAAGAGCAGCAGCAGCAACAAAAGAAUCCCAUUCAGACGGCUCUCGAGUCAUUACAGUCGCGGGAUGAUCCUUACCGUAUUCACAAACUCGAGGAACUUCCGGGUUUGCUUCUCGCUUUUGCAGAACGCGAUAUGAAACAUUACUUUGUGCCGUAUAUGGCAUCUCGUGCGAUCCCUCGUUUGAAGAGACUCGUUAAUGAUGACUUUGCUUUGGACGCAGCUGUGCUGUUGCUAAUUCAAUGCAGUCGUGUUCCUGAAUCCAUGCAGUUUGAUUCUGUCGACGAUUGGGUCAGCAAGGCUGGUCUUCCUUAA